UUGGCUGACCAGGAUAUGAUCUUAAAGUAUUGACUUGUUAAACCAGUACACAGAUGCGAGGUCUCUAGACGGUCACAGACGCUGUUGACAACAAUUUAGAAGCGACCCUCAAAACGCUAUGGCAGACAUGUUCCCAGUGUUUUUUGAGGCGAGAGAAUUAACUGAUUUGGAGAAGGAGAAAAUUCAGAAAUACUUUACAAUCAGGAGGAGGUCAAGAGGAGGUGAUUGUAGACCACUGGAAAAAGUGGGCCCUACAACUUACAAGAUAGCUUUUCUGGAAAAGGAAGUGCAACAGAGAGUUCUGGCCUUAGGGAAACACAACAUACCAUUGCCAUGCGGGGAAGAACUUGAAAUCAAUACAAAGCAAAAUGCCACAUGUAAACAGGAUAGCUCAAGUUUUUCACACCAUCAACCGGUCACAACUGAGAGAAAUGACGAGGUGAAAUACCUCAUAAUGGACCAGUAUCUGAUUCAGUAUCUGCAGGACAACCCCAAUGCCAACCGUGACCUGGGGCAGCGACUCGCCACCCUCUGCACAUCCUGCCAGGUCCUUCCAGAGAAGGGAAGGGUGGUGGUGAAGAGAGGUACUGCACAGCCUGCUCUCACCCAAGCCCAGUGGGAGGCACAGGUGGACCAUGUGGGCUCUCAGAUACAGCAAAAGUACUGCUGCUACUUUGAGGUGGACGCAGCAAGAUCGCGAACCCUUCAUGAGAACCCAUUUAUGCGCUGUGAAAACCUCCAUGUCUAUAAGGAGGGGGAAGACACACAUCUGGCAGUGGUGGUGGGCGAGCAUGAUGAAGUGGAGAGGAUGCUCCAACGUCUGGUGUUUCUACAUGUAAACCAGCUGCACCGCAGAGACACUGGCAUAUCACUGCAGCAGUUCGCUGUAGUGGAGCAGGACUUUGAACAGGAGAUGAAGGCUUCAUUCCCGCACAUCAACAUCACCAGGCAGGAGACUGUGACUUUAGAGGGACCCAAGACAGAGGUAGAGGCUGCAUGCGCCACCAUUGAGCAGCUGGUGAAGAGUAUCCGUCAAAGACGACUCCAGUUAUCUGCCCCACUCAUCGCCUUUCUCCAGUCUAGCGGGGCCAUACAAACAUACCAGAGGCGGUUUCAGCAGAGCCUGAGGAGCCCAGUGAUGCUGGAAGCUGGUCCUGACCUGAUCCUGUCCAGCCUGACCUCCGAGUCCCUUGAGGAAGCAGCAACAGCUUUGGAGAGGGACCUGACCGUGGAGGAAGUCAUCUUGGAGCAAGCAGAAGCAGAGUCGUCUGGGAUGGUCACACUCCAAGAAGUCCUGAGUGAAACCGCACAACAAGCUAACUACGAAUCACUGAAGGUUCAGCUCAGCAACGGACAACCAUCCGUUGUAGAUAGGCGCAUUUUGCUCCAACUGGUCGGAUACCGCAAAGAAGUAGACAGGCUGAAAGGGGUUGUGCUUGACUACAAGCUAAACCAAGCAGACAUACAUGACUCCCUCAAUCUUCCCUAUGCGGUGGUGGCUGACCAUCUGCCACGUGUGCUGGAGCUCCUUGAAGUGCAGCACAGUGGGCUCAGUUUGAUUCCCACUAUGUCACCAUUACCUGCUGUGCAUUUUGCUGGACCACGACAGCUGGUGCAAGACUUUCGUGAAGCCCUGACUUCAGCCUUUGCGUCUCUGGUGUGUACUGAGUGCAGUGUAGAGGGUCCUGGAGUGACUCAGUACUUCAAGGGAGAAGAAGGUCAAAAUAGUAUUGCCCUACUGGAGCUGUCUCAUAAGGUCCUGAUCGUGUUGUCCGAUGUCAAGAAUCAGGGUGGAGCAACGGGUUCUGAACACUCAAGCCACAUCUCCCUUGCAAGCCUGAUCACAGCAUGUAAAAAGGCAGGACACUUAACUACUGAUAAGCCAUCCCUCCCCAUACAAUUGGAACACGCGUCUCUUCUCACAGCAAGUUCGAUGGCCAAAUCACGUUCCCCGCCAAAUAAAAUACAGCUGGAGGUGGAGCUUGGGCACCUUGAAGUGCAACAGGUGGAUGUACUUGUGGCUCCCAUGGUUAAAACUGAUCUACUCAGCCUGAGCAUUGGACGUGCGCUGAUGAACGCAGGGGGACAGUAUUUCAAGCAUAACUUUUGCCAGGCCAUAAGACCCCAUAGCGCUGUCCAGCCAGGAGACAUUGUGCAGGUGGAGGGAAGCGGUGCUCUGAGAUGCCGAAAGGUCUUCUUUCUAGAGUGUCUGCCAUGGGAUGCAUCCCUUGGUAACAGUGAAAAGGUGCUGCGGUGUGGACUGAGGCAGGCCCUAGUUCUGUGCGAGAAACAGGCCUUCACCUCUGUAGCUUUCCCUCUCAUUGGGCCGGGACUGGUGCUGAGGAUACCCAACAAAGAGGCCAUUCACAUCCUGACGUCUGAGAUUGGCCUUUUUGGGCUGCACAGGCAGACCAACUCGCUCUCUAACAUUCGUAUUGUCAUCCAUUCAGACUAUCCCAGGUCAAAAGAAAUUUGUCAGGAUGUAUGCAGUGGCUUGAACUUGCAUAUGAUGGAUUCCAAAGGACAAGCUGUGUUUCAGUGCCCACAAUCUGAGCCAACAGAGAAAGUACUGACGGUGGGGACUAAGGCUCACCUUGUUGUUCUCCAUUGCCUGAGCAACCUCCCCUUAGUGGGGACCCUGAAGGUUCACCUGGUGUCGGGAGACAUCACCAAUGAGACCACAGAUGUCAUAGUUAACAGUACAGACUUUAAAACCUUUGAUACAGGCAUUUGCAAGAGCAUACUUGCGGUCGCUGGAUCAAAGGUCAAGAAAUCUCUGAAAUCAGCUUGCAUCAAGAAGGGCGAGGUUUUCACGUCUGCUCCCGGCUCCUUCCCCUGUAAGGCCAUCAUGCACGUGUGUGGAGAGAGGGACCCUGCACUGAUCCAGGACCUGUGCAGAGAAAUCCUGCUGCUCUGUGAGAGCAAAGGCUACCAGUCAGUGGCCAUACCUGCCAUCUGCGCCGCUGCAGGAGUGGAUGCCCGAGUGGUGGCUGAUGCCAUUCUGUGUGGUGUGGUGGCAGCGGCAUCCGACAGUCCCUUUCAGCACCUGUCCAGCGUUCGCCUCGUGCUGUUCAGCAUGCCCGUCUUCCUGCAGUUUCGAGCGGCAGCGGAUGCUAUGUUUGGGACACCACCUCCACCAAAACCUCCCACUCCUCCACCCAGAAGGACAUCUACAGCUCCAGUAAAGUCAUCCACCCUCAAUCAACCCCUCUACCUAAACAUAUUCUCACCCUCCUCCCCACUGCCACCACCACCACCAACACCAUCCAUACUGACUGCCACCACUCCCUCCGCCACCUUCACGCUCCUGGGUACAUCGGAGGAGGACUUGUCUGACGCCUGUGCCAGUCUGCAGUGGGUCUACACCUCACACUGCUCCCAGCGCACGCUGACCCCAGAGGAGCUGGCCGGGCUGUCCCAGGAAGAGGUGGCCGAUCUGGAAGAGAAGGUGCUCAACCUCCGGGUGCAGCUGGAGGCUCCGGGGUCUGGGUCUGGGUAUGGUGGACCUGGUGCUGGAGUGGUGGUGAAAGGGCUCAGUGAGGGGGUGAACGAUGUGAUGCACGUGGUCCAGGCGUCGCUGGGCCGGCGGGUGGCAGAGAGGGAGCAGAGGGAGCUGUUCGCCCACGUGGUGUGGUGCAUCAUGGGCCAGCGUGGAGACUGGGAGCGGCUCCCCAAAGAGGCCAAUCAGAAGCUGGAGAGAGGGGACGUCAGUGGAGGGGUCAUGGACGCUCAAGGCUGCCAGUGGAAUGUGAACCUCCAGCAGAUGAGAGCAACUGCAGCACUUUCAGGUCAAACAACAUCACUGAAGAGGCUGAAAAAUCUUCCAGAUUUCACAAUCCCUCUCUACUGGGACAGCAUGGUCCUUGGUGAAGUUUUUCAGUUGGUCUCACUAUUCCCCUGCUCUGCUGAGUUUGAGAGAAUAAAGGCUGACUUCAGGAGAACCUGUCUGAAAACUGUGUUGAAGAUUGAGCGUGUGCAGAACGUGCACCUGCGUCGGGCGUACGAGGUCCUGCGGCAGCAGCUGGAUGAGAAGAACAGGCCUCCGGUCGGGGCUGGAGAGAAGAUGCUCUACCAUGGCACCACCCACCACAACUGCCAGGCCAUCAUGAAGAAUGGCUUCAACCGCAGAUUUGCUGGACAGAAUGGCGCAGUGUAUGGUCUAGGAACCUACUUUGCUGUGAACGCCGGCCACUCAGCCAACCCCACCUACUCCUGCCCUCGCACAGACGGCACUCAGCUCAUGUUUGUGGCUCGAGUUCUGACAGGUCGAUACACAUUGGGUCGGAGCGACAUGAGGGUCCCUCCGCCUGUCUCGGAUCAGCAGCCCCACAUACUCUUUGACAGCCUGGUGGACAGCCAGCAGAGCCCCAGCAUGUUUGUGGUGUUCCAUGACAGCCAGGCCUACCCCGACUACCUCAUCACAUUCAAAUGAAUGGAGAUCCACAAUUCACACUUUUCACUAUAUAUACUACUGUAGCUCAUUUAAUUUCAUGUGUAUAAUCAAAUCUAAUAUUUUUUGUGUAAAUGCUUUCAUUAU